AUGGAUGGAAAUAGACGAUGGGCCCGAGAGAAGAAUAUUCCUAUAAAAGAAGGUCAUCGGUCCGGAUACAAGAAACUGAAACAGUGUUUGAAUUGGUGUGAAAUGUUGGGAGUCAAGACGGUCACAGUAUAUGCAUUUUCAAUUGAUAAUUUUAAACGAGAUAAACAUGAAGUAGAUAAUAUUAUGGAUUUAAUGGAUCGGAGGUUUAAAGACAUGGUCACAAAAAAGAAAUCAUUUAUUCAUAGGUAUCGAGUAAUUUUGAGAGUAUUGGGAGAUUUUAAAUUAUUUCCAAAAUAUGUACAGGAGAGUGCUCAGAAAGCGAUUGAUUAUUCCAAUCAAGUGAAUAGCAAAUAUGGAGAUGAUGCAUUGAUUUUAAAUUUAUGUUGUCCAUACACUUCAACAUUUGAAAUUGAGAAUGCAAUGACAAAAUAUAUUACAGAAAAAUUAACAUGCUCAAACCAUGUGAAACAUCAGCAGCAACAGGAACAACAAUUAGAGUCAUGCUUCUCUGAAUCCGUGUCAACGCCACUACAAUCAUCAACCAUGAAUACUACACAAUGUCAUUGUGACAAUGCAGCUACUCAGGACUCUAAGGAAACCUCUUCUCAUCACAUCCAAUCGGAUAUCCAAUUACUAGACACGUAUUUCUUAACGAAAAGUGAACCAGAUAUUGUCAUUCGUACCAGUGGAGAGAUGAGAUUAUCAGAUUUUCUGACUUGGCAAUCCGAGCGGUCCAUGAUUUACAUUUCAAGUCUUUAUUGGCCUGAAUUUUCAUUUUGGCAAUUAGUUUCUGUCAUUUUCCAAUACCAGCAAUAUAGAUUUCAGAAAGGUUAG